UUCUCUUCUCAAUGGCCCUCCCAUGGCUGAGUGAAAUCCCGAGCUCCCAAUCGCCCUGCGACGUGAGAAGUGAAGGGCAGAGCCUGGCCAGAAGGAGACGCUGGAUUCAGGAGGUGUGCGUGAUUGACAGCGCUCCGGCUCAAUACCGGCGUGGAGGUUCCCUUCGGCUCUCCCACCCCUCUCCAACCAUGGGCGGGGGUGGAACAAUGAGAGGAAAAGGAGGUGGAGGCAGGAAAAUGGCAGCGGCGACCGUGGCGGUGGCGGCGUUAACGGCGCCAGGAGGAGGCGGCGGCUGCAGUCCGAGGCAAGGCGCUGCUCCGCUCGCCGCCUGGCUCAGCUCGUUGCUGCUGGCGGCGGCUCUCGGCUUGUCCCAGGUUUCAGCUGUGGAAGUAUACACACCAGCAGAACUCUCUGUGGAGAAUGGGACAGAAACGAAGCUUCCGUGCAGCUUUUCAUCCUCAGAGGUGAUCAGCAGUGCCGCUACUGUUACCUGGAGCUUUCAACCAGAGGGAUCAACUACUUCUGUGUCGUUCUUCUAUUAUUCCCAUGGCAAAUCAUAUCCUGGGAAGGAUACACAAUUUAAGGACAGAAGCAGCUGGGCGGGUGACCUUAACAAGAAAGAUGCAUCUAUCAGUAUAUCCAACAUGCAAUUCCGGGACAAUGGCACUUUCAUCUGCGAUGUCAAGAACCCUCCAGAUAUAGUUGUCACACCUAGUGAAAUCAAAGUCAGAGUUGUGGAAAAAGGUAACUUGCCUGUGUUUCCCAUUACUCUAGUAGCAGGGGCAUCCAUUGGUGGAAUUCUGGGCUUAGUUUUGCUCAUCGUUCUUGUUGUGUGUGUCGCAUGCAGAAAGAAGAACUCUAAAAAUCAUUACUCUGGCUGCAGUACCUCUGAGAGCUUGGUGUCUCCAGUUAAGCAGGCUCCACGGAAGACCCCCUCCGACACAGAGGGUCUGGUAAACAGCGUGCCCAUCCGAUCACACCAGGGCCCAGUAAUUUAUGCGCAGUUAGAUCACUCCGGAGGGCGUUACAGUGACAAGAUCAACAAGUCGGAAUCUGUCGUCUAUGCUGACAUUCGGAAGAACUGAGGAAAUCCCAACCAACCCAAAGCUAAACAAAAAUUCAAACUGGAAUCGCUUGAAGAAGAUUGACCCAGAGAACUCACAUGUGGCCUUUGAUGCCUAGGCUAGGACCAAUGCAUGUGCAUACAGAGAGAAAGAGAUUAUAUAUGUAUUGUGUGUAAAUAGUCUAUUUAAAUCGUACAGAACUGAGACCAAUGUUGCAUGUUGAAAUAUGAUAUGAAUUCUGCUUAUAAAUUGCUAAUUUUUUUUUUUAUCUAGGAUAAGAGGAAGAAAGCAAAUAUUCAUAUUACACCUUUAAGUGAUUUCUCUGUUCUAUGGAAAAACUGGAAAAUUCCUGGAUAGGCUAAUGGAUUUGAUACUUUGUUUUUUACAAGAUUGAUUUCUUUUGAUGAAAUAGACUUGAGGAUAAGUGUUUCUGCAUGAGGAUUCUCUUUUCCUAUUCUGGUGCUUUCCACACAGUUUCAUAUAAAUUCACUCCUGUCUUUCAUUCCCAAUUCCCACUUACCUCUUUCUACAGUAGGGUCGGAAAGCCCUCCCCUGCCUUCAGUUUCCAGCCUGGUCCUCGUAUUGGCUGAAGCCAAAGUUCUAUCUUCAGGGCAUUAACUAACCUUUGUCUCUUUUUGGUGCAGCGCACUCCCCACCCCAAUAGCUUUUAGACAUUUUCAUUUGGUCAUUUCAAUCAUGAAGCAUUAACAAGAAGUCCCUCUAAUUUUUAUUUCCCGCUGGUGAUUUUUCUGCAAUAAAAGUGGUAUUCAGUUUUGUCUUUGAAGAAAAUAGGGUAGUGAAGUGGUGCUGAAUGAACUUAGUCUGAUCCUAAUAUGGCUUUCUAGAAUACCCUUACCUUGGGCUGCUUUUAGUAAGGCUUAUUGGGAUGUAGCUGUUGCAGAAAGAAAGUUAGAAUUUACAAGUUACCUCUUAAUGUUUUAUCUAAUUCCAUGGAGGGGAGUGCUUCAUGGAAGCCAUAUAUGAUAGAGUAGGCCAGUAGUACACUUCCUGUUUCAAGAGGUGAGGGCCAAGAUUCUAUUGUUACUCAUUCUCAGACUGCAGAUUUACCUUCAAACAGAAAGGACUGUGGAUUUCUCUACUGUGGGGUUAGCUCUGCUCUGUUGCCGCUCUGUUCUUAUAAGGGCACACAACCUCCAAAUCAUCUGCUGUUCUCUCCUCCCUUCCUGCCUCAAACCAUUGUUUCAGACAGGCUGACCGAUUCUCUUCCUCCUCCUCCUCCUCCUCUACAUUGUUUCAGACAGCCUGUCCAGUUCUCUUUCUCCUCCUCCUCCUCCUCUUCAUUGUUUCAGACAGCCUGUCCAGUUCUCUUCCUCCUCCUCCUCCUCCUCCUCCUCCUCCUCCUCUUCCCAAGGCCCUUGCAUGUUUAUCUGUGCAGUGGAGUUUUCUUAAAAGUUUAAGAAAGUGUGAAUGGUAGCAGAUGAAACUUUAUGAUUGACCCAAAGGCUGGCCAGUUAGCACUCUGCAGAGCCAAACAAGCAGGCUUUCCCUAAAGCUUGGGCCAAGAGAAGGGGACAUUGUACUUUUGCCCAAAUGCGGUGAGUGCAUUUCCACAGCAGGAUCGCUGCUAAAAUGAGGUAUGCCUGUAUGAGCAUUAAUCCCUUGUUCCUUAAUGGAUUUUUUUUUCCAAAAUAGAAAAAUUCGAUUAGCGACUCUUCUGUGCUAAGGCCAUCUUUACUGCUGUCUCCUGUGAUCUCAGUAGACUUAGGCUGCAGUCCUAAAUCCACUUACUAGGAAAGUAAGUUCCCUUGAACUUGGUGGCACUUGAGUCUAAAAAAACCUGAACAGGGCUGAAGUGCUGGUGUUCACUGAAGCUUUAUUGGAGUUUUUCCUCCUUUCUAAACAGUAAAAUUAUGCCAUUGUACACAUGCACCCAUUCAUCAUAGAUGCCUUGGGUACUGCUUGUCUUACUUUCUUUUACCAUAAAUGAAAUUGGCCAUGCCAUUGUUAGUCUCACCUCCACCUACUGGUUUUUGCAUGCAGUACAUCAUUUACUGGGGCUGGCAAGGGCUGGCAGGUUUCCUGCAGGCAUCUCAUUGGCCACUGUGAGAUCAGGAUGUUGGGCUACAUGGGCCACUGGCCUGAUCCAGUAGGUUCGUCAUCUUAUACACGACUGCACAUACUCAUCCUAGAAUUGCACCCUGCCCCCUACAAAACAAAAACGUUGCAGGAGUGUAGAUGAAUGAGCAACUUGUGAAGAUUUGUCUUGAACAGUGAGGGACAAAAGUUAAUGAAAGGUGACACUUAAUGCUAAUCUGAAUACACCCACGUGCCAUUUUAGAGGUUGAUUAGUUUUAUGAGGCUCCUCUUUUAAUGCUCAUUUAGUGUCACUGUUGAAAGGAGCCUGUUGAAUUCCUUUUGACUUUUCAAUCUUUAUUCAGUUGGGGAGUCAGGGUGGGACUGAAAAAACUUAGGUGCUUUUUCAAUUUUCUCCAGUACUGCACUGGUCUCCUUGCCCUCUUCAGAACAGGGUUUGGCAGAAGGUAGAUUGACAGAUUGCAGUCCCUUGGUGGUCUGCAAACUCCUGGUUGACCACCUAGCACCUGGUGGGUUACUGGGAUGUUUUGUGUGCACAAAGAAUGUUGGACUAGGUGGAUUGUGGUAUGAUGGAGAACAUCUUAUGCUGUUGAACAGGAGGACCACACAAUGCAGAUAAGCUAUGCCUUAACGGUUAAGACACCCUGAAUAUGCAUUCUUGCUUUAUUAAUGUAAAACACAUCAGUGGAUCAUAAGGAUUCUAGCUAAAAACAAAUGUAGACCACACAAGGUAGAAUUUGGGCCACUCUGCUUUGCAGCUACCUCUUGUAGUGUAUACAGCCCGAUGGGAGUGUGCGUAGUUUGUCGCUAGGAGGAGCAAUAAAAGCAGAAGGGUGGAUUUCUUGCCUACUGCAACA